GAGAGCUGUGAAGAAAAAUGGCGUCUGCAGGCGACCCAGAGCGGGACACCGGCCAUUCAGUUUGAGCUUUCCGCCCUGAAAUUGAGACCGGGGCUUGGUGGAGACUUAUCGGGAAGCGUCACUGGACCUGUUAGUUUCCUUCUUCCCCGCUUUUCUCCGGUGUGUGUGGCUUUUUCAGGCACCGAGAUUGAAGCGGAACAGAAGAGACUCUCUCCCACAAUGAGGGGGAGAAGAGGAAGGCCGCCCAAACAAGCAGCUGUGAUGCGGGAAGGUUCACCCGGGCCAGUCCGCGGCUCUCGGGGCAGCAGGAGUAGAGGGAUGCGUGGACGGGGAAGGGGCAGAGGACGCGGCCGGGGACGGGGAGGAAGUGGCGGUGUUUGCGGCACUGGUUCUGCGGAGGUGGAUACAGAAAUCUCCGGCCGAGAGAACUUUCAUUCGUCCCGGGGCCGCAGGAAAGUUGGAGCCUCCACCACGGCGGCGGCCGCGGCAUCGCGGGGCAGAGGAGGGAGAGGGAGAGGCAGGGGGUCGAGAGGCAGCCGCGGCGGUAGAGGCGGAGUGAGGCGGCGGCCUCAAACCAAGGUGGUCUACGACGACAACAGCGACGAGGAGGAUGAUAAUUUAAGCUACAGGUCAGACGAAGAUGAACUCCUGAACGACAACCCUUCGUCGGAUCUUGAAGAAGAGGAGGCCUUGGGAAACGACUCUGACUAUCUGGAGGAACUACCAGAUGAUGAUGAUGCCAGCUACUGUACCGAGAGUAGUUUUAGGAGCCACAGCACGCUCGGUAGCACCCCAGGCCGGAGAAAGAAUCGGGCAUUGCGACCGCAGUCUCCCAUUCUUGAGGCAAAGGACAUUCCUCCCCUGGAGCUUCCCAAGUCCUCUGAGGACCUCCAGAUUCCUACCUCACAGCUCCUCAAUGUAUCUGCCAUCUACGAAGUCCUCCGCAACUUUGGCUCGGUGCUGCGGCUCUCCCCGUUUCGCUUUGAGGAUUUCUGUGCCGCGGUGGCCAGCCAGGAGCAGUGCACACUGCUGGCAGAGACCCACAUCUCCCUGCUCAAAGCUAUUCUCAGAGAGGAGGACACUUCCAACACCACAUUUGGUCCCACUGACGUGAAGGAUUCUGUCAACUCAACUCUGUAUUUUGUGGAUGGUAUGACCUGGCCGGAGGUGGUGCGGGCAUACUGUGAGAGCGACCCGGAGUACAGGCACAUUCUGCCUUUCCAGGAGAACGAGGAUUAUCCGUAUGAACCGUUGGAGAGCAAAAUCAAAGUUCUCCAGUUUUUGGUGGACCAGUUCCUGGCGACCAACAUUGCCCGGGAGGAGCUAAUGUCGGAAGGUGUGGUUGCCUACGACGACCACUGCAGAGUGUGCCAUCGCCUUGGUGACCUGCUGUGUUGUGAGACAUGUUCAGCCGUUUACCAUCUGGAGUGUGUGAAGCCGCCUUUGCAGGAAGUGCCGGAAGACGAGUGGCAGUGUGAGGUGUGUGUGGCACACAAGGUACCUGGCGUGGCGGACUGCAUCCCAGAAGUGCAGAAGAGCAAACCAUUUAUUCGACAACUGCCAGUCGGUUAUGACCGACAUCACCGAAAAUACUGGUUCCUUAACCGCCGCGUUGUUGUUGAGGAGGAUGGUGAGCAGGAGGACAAAGCCAUCUGGUACUACAGCACCAAGGUCCAGCUAGCUGAGCUCAUAGAUGGUUUGGAUAAGGAAUACUGGGAGGCCGACCUGUAUGCAGCGCUCGAGGAGAUCAGGGACGAGGUGCACGCCCAUAUGGACAUCACUGAGGACCUAACCAACAAGGCCCGUGGCAGCAACAAGUGUUUCCUCACUGCUGCAAAUGAGGAAAUCCUGGAGCGGUUGCGGGCUAAGAAGGAGGAGGAGCUGGAGGAGGUGAAGAGACGGGCAGCUGAGGAGGCCCAGAAAGCACGGCUGGAGAGGGAGAAGAAGGAAGUGGACGUGGAGAAGGAAGAUGAAGAGGCUAAAUUGAGGGACGAGGGUCAACAGGAGAACAAGGUCAAAGAUCUGACAGAGGAGGAGGAGACAAAAGAAGAGGCCACGGAAGAGAAGAAGGAUGGUGGAGUUGUUGAAGCUCCACCCACUGGCCAAGAAGGCAGUAGUGACAGUAGCAUCUCAGACGGACCUAUACCUCCAGCAACCUCUGCCCCGACACAAAGCAUCCCCACCGCCACGAGCUAUAGCCUGGCCUCUGAGGCUCCAAAGCCCCUGGCCUCCACCGUAGAGCCUCUGAUACAGGGAUGUUCCCAUAUGGAGGUCUCUAGCAACAAAGAAGCAGAAAAUGCAUCAUCAGAUUCUGUCCCUGUCAGUGGAGAUGGCGUCCCCAGCCUGAGCCAGCCCUCCCAGGCCAGCGAGGAGAACAGUAACAGCAGCAUGGGAGCUGCGGUCCCUCCUAGAGGUCCUGAACCUCCAGACCUGGCUGACAAGUCCUCGCAGUCAUCCCUGGCCAGUCUUGAUGACACAGGGGACAGUAAAGAUGGGGCCAACGGUGAGACCGGUCUCAGCAGUAAGAAGUCCGCAGCCACUCGCAUGGUGACCCGGCUAAGGAACCCGGACAGCAAGCUUAGCCAGAUGAAGAACCAGCAGGUGGCUGCUGCUGUUCAUGAAGCCAACAAGGGCUUCAAAGAGGGAAAAGAGGUACUUGUUGUUAAUGCACAAGGUGACGUCACCCGUGUCAGCACACGUGGCAAGGAGGUCGUGAUGAAGGGGACACUCAGCCAGUACUUCAAGCUUGGCCAGGAGGGAAAAUACCGCGUCUAUCAUAACCAGUACAGUUCCAACACUGUGGCCCUCAACAAGCACCAGCACAGAGAGGACCAUGACAAGAGGCGACAUCUCUCCCACAAGUUCUGCAUGACACCAGCAGGAGAGUUUAAGUGGAACGGGUCUAUUCAUGGCUCUAAGGUUCUGACCAUCUCCACACUGAGACUCACCAUCAUCCAGCUGGAGAACAGUGUUCCAGCACCGUUCAUGCACCCUAACUGGGCCUCACACAGGACCAAUUGGAUCAAAGCAGUUCAGAUGUGCAGUAAGGCCAGAGAGUUUGCACUGGCUCUGGCCAUCCUAGAGUGUGCCAUCAAACCUGUGGCAAUGCUGCCUGUCUGGAAGGACUCACUGGGCCAUACCAGGUUAAACCGCAUGACAUCUAUGGAGCGUGAGGAGAAGGAGAAAGUGAAGAAGAGGGAGAAGAAGCUGGAGGAUGAAGAGACAAUGCAACAGGCCACCUGGGUCAAGUACACCUUUCCAAUUAAACACCAGGUGUGGAAGCAGAAAGGAGAGGAGUAUCGCGUUACGGGCUAUGGGGGCUGGAGUUGGAUCAGUAAGACUUAUGUGCAGCGUUUUGUCCCCAGGCUUCCAGGCAACACCAACGCCAACUACCGCAAAGAACUGGAAGAUGCAAAACUUGGCAAGAAAUGUACCCUGUUGGACUUGAGUCGACGUCCCAGCGUAGCUGCACCAGAAGCUCAGGGAGCUGCUGUUUUAAGCAGUGAGGCAAAAGAUCAAGAGUCCUCUGGCCUCUCCAAGGCUGCAACAGAUCACCCGACGUCUGUUGAUGAUUUGGAGUCCAAUGAGAGGAUGGAAGAGGAAAAGAAAGAAGGGGUGGAUGAGAAAGAAAAAUCUGAGGAACUGUCAGCAGAUGAAUCGCCUGUGAAGAUGGAGGUGGACGUCACAGACUCACAAUCAGAUGAAGAGCAAAGGUCCAGUAUUCAGGAGGAGAAGGCUUCCAUGAAGGAGGAGCCUACAGAUGACCCUACACGACCCUUUAACUACGAUGUAGUGGAUGUUAGCAAGGGUUUCCUCACCCGCAUUGCCUACAAGAAGAAAGUCAAGUCCUCCAAGCUGGACAGCCUGCUGGAGCGACGAGUGAAGCAGCACAUUAUUGAAGAGAGGCAGAGGCAGCAGGUGUCUGCCUCCAACCCUCAGACUCCUACGCCAGUUUCAUCCUCUUCACACCCCACUCCAAGCACUCCAGUCCGGCCGCGGUCACCACUCAAGCCCCAGACUUUCUCUCAGAAACAGCUUGCACUUGGUGACGCCGUGAAAGUGGAGGAGAAAUCUUCCACAGCACAAACUCCAGGGCCAGGAAAAGUUGGAGGACGAGAGGUCGAAGGGGAGAGUCAGGCUGAACUCUGUAAAACUACAGAUGAGACUGUAUCUCCUCCUCUUCCUUCUCCUGCUCCAGACUCCACACCCAAAGACAGUUGCAGUACAGGUACAGGUGAAGAUUCAGCUUCACCACGAAACCAAACUCCCUCCAUGCCACAGGUAUUGGAGGCAGACUUAGUGGAAAGGACUACGGGGCCAAAAGAAACUAAUACAGACAGUUCGGGCCAAGAGGGCGUUUCACUGUCUGAUGUACAUGAAACAACAGCAGGGGGGAUUCAUAGCUCUUUAGAGCGACAAACAACCAGUGUGCUGUCACAUGUUGCUAAGGCUGAAUAUAUUCAAAACACAGGGUCUAAGGUACCCAACUUGAAAUCGGACUCUCUAAGGACAUCUCCAAGUGUUCUUGACCAAAUAAUCAGUCAAAACACAUCUCCUUCUAAAUGUAUUCAGCAAAACACAGGAACUUUAAGCUCAGCGCGUUCGGGUACAGAGGAAAAUGGCACGGGGCCAGAGGAGAACCAAGGAAUUAUUAAAGGCAUUGGACAAAGUAGAACUGAAGACAAUAGCACUCCCGAGCCAGUUUCUCCUCUCCCUCAGGUAAAUGGUAAUGAUGGCUCGGGGAGUGAAAGCAUGUUGACUAACUCUGUAAUGAGCUCAAAUAAUGGUGUGCUUACCAACAGUCCUCAGCCCAAGGUAAACAGUAUUGGUAAAGUUGAAGAACAAGGGCUUGUUGUCUCGUUAAAGGACAGCACGCAGGUAAAGCCUUUAGUGAACGGAGAUUUGGCCCCUGUGAAUGACUGUACAGAGGUUGGGGGGAAGGAACCAAGCCUAGCUUCUAAGGUAGAGGUAGAACGUAGGACAACAGUAUUAGACCAGGACUACACACCUCCGCUGAAGAUAACGAGGCUGGAGAACAACAUAGACGCACUUGGAGCUAAUAAUGAGAGCACUCGACAACACAGCAGCACAUCACCAUUUCAGUCUGAGGAGACUAAACCUAGUCCCGUGAUCAAGAUCAUCAGAAUGGCUCCGUCUCCCAUACCUUCAGCAGAAGAGUCCAGUCUAAGCGACGACUUCACGGAGGAGAAUAGUAACAGUGGGAUGACAGAGCCACUCAAGACCAUCAUCACCCAGGUAACCACAACCUCCACAACCACCACGACAGUAGUUUCCACAGAGAUGAGGAUAGCCAAAGUGCCCCCGAAUGCAUCUGGAGCGGUGUCGACAACAGAAAACAGCGCAGUGUCCACCCUCACCACCAUGACCAAAACAACUGUGACCAAAAUCUGUUCCCCUGGGCACGAUGGUCAGUCGGAGGACAGCCAGAGUGAAAUAGUGACACAAGAACAGAAGACAACGCACUCAGCCUCUAUGAGUAAGUCAGCGACUGACGCCAGAGGUAGAACCUCGGUGUCAACUGUUGCUGUGAGCCUCGUGGACUCAUCAUCGACAAAGGGCCGUGUCCGCCUCCUCAAGUUCUCCCGCACCAAGAAGACACGCUCAGACACCGCCCUUCCUUCUUACCGCAAGUUUGUCACCAAGAGCAACCGCAAGAGUAUUUUUGUACUGCCACACGACGACUUGAAGGUGCUGGCGAGGCGAGGCGGAUUCCGUGAGGUGUCCAUAUUUAACUACAAUGCCAAGCCAGCACUGGACAUCUGGCCGUAUCCUUCACCCAGGCCCACGUUUGGCAUCACCUGGAGGUAUCGCCUGCAGACAGUGAAGUCUUUGGCUGGUGUGAGCCUGAUGCUGAGGCUCCUGUGGGCGUCUCUAAGAUGGGACGACAUGGCUGUCAAACCAUCCGCUGCUGUCGGCACCACACGCACAGCCCUUUCCCCACUCAUUGCUACAGAGACAUCGGAUACUGAAAUUACCACCACCGAGAUCAUCAAGCGCCGUGACGUGGGACCCUACGGCAUUCGCUCCGAGUACUGCAUCCGCAAAAUCAUCUGUCCGCUCGGAGUGCCAGAGACGCCGAAAGAAACCCACACCCCUCAGAGGAAGGGGCUGCGUUCCAGUGCCUUGCGCCCUAAGAAGCCUGAGCCUGCCAAGCAGACGGGCCCAGUGGUGAUCGAGACCUGGGUGCCUGAGGAGGAGCUGGACCUGUGGGAGAUCAGAGCCUUCUCAGAAAGGGUGGAGAAAGAGAAAGCUCAGGCUGCAGAGCAGGCCAAGAAACGUCUGGAGCAGAAACCCGGCUCAGUCACAGCCACCCCAGCAGGGACUCCUGCAACACCCGUCGCCACGCCCAAAGUAAUCGUCGGCUCAAUCUCAGGCCAGGGCACCCCCAGCACCAAGGUGGUACUGUCCACCAAGAUGGGCACCCCCGUCACAUUCCAGCAGAACAAGAACUUCCAGCAGUCGUUCGCCACCUGGGUCAAGCAGGGUCAAAGCACACAAGGAACGGGCACGGAGACCUCCGUAGCCUCGUCUGGUGGGCACACCUUCCAGAUUACAGGAACCUCAGUGGGCGGAAAGGUGGUGACCACCAAGUUACCGCUGCCCGCCAACAGCAAGAUCGUCACAGUCAAUGUGCCAACUUCACAAGGAGGUGUGGUUCAGCAGAAAGUGCUGGGUAUCAUUCCCUCCAGCACAGCAGGCGGUGCUCAGACCUACACCACAUUCCAGCCCCGCACCACCACGCUCAACAUCAGGCCCAAUACCCCAGGCUCCCAGCAACAGGUACUGGCAGCUGGUGGUCAGAUCCGUCCAGGCAUGACAGUGAUCCGAACACCGAUCCAGCAGACAGGACCAAUGGGAAAGACGAUACUCCGAACACCCCUCAUGGUCCAACAAGGUCAGGGUGGACAGCAAGUGGUGACGCAGAUCAUUCGUGGCCAGGCAGUUUCCACAGCAAUAUCUGGUGCCAGCCCUGUCGCCACGGUUACCGGCCAGGGGGCAGCCAGCCCCACCACGGCAGGACAGGCGGCAGGCCAAACACCACCUGGCACCCCGCGGGCGCAGGGGCAAGGCCAGGUUAAACUCACCCUGGCGCAGCUCACCCAGCUCACACAGAAGCAGCAGGCUGGGUCAGGUGUGGAUCGGCAGGCUGGUGUCAGUGGUACCCAGCAGGCUCUGACGGUGAUGGUUCAGGGACAGGGCCAGACCACCGGCCAGCUGCAGGUCAUACCUCACGGGGUCACCGUCAUCCCAGGACCCGGUCAGCAGCUAAUGCAGGCAGCGCUGCCCAACGGCCAGGUGCAGCGCUUCCUCUUCACCCCUUUGGCCUCAGCUGCCACACCCACAUCAAGCACAGCCACCACAGUCCCAGGCCAGCCCAACUCCACCUCCACCAAGACCCCAGCCCAGCCCGCCCAGCAGGCUGCUGCCCCCGUCCAGGCAGGCGCGAUCCCCUUAGCCACCACCAGCACCCCUUCGUCAGCCACCCCGCAGGGCCAGCUACCCCCUCAGACGCAGGCUCACAUGCCCAUUCAGUCUCCCACCUCGCUGCAGGUGAAAACGCAGGGAGGAACCGCCCAGCUGCAGCUGCAGCAGACGCCCCAGCUCAUCAGUAUGUCUGGACUGCAGCAGCAGGUACAGGUGUUGGCGCAGCUGCAGGCCCAGCAGGGUGGAGGCUCACUGCCACAGCACAUCAAACUGCAGCUUCCUAUCCAGAUACAACAGACCGGCACCACCUCAGCUCAGGGAGGACAGAUUGGGAAUGUAGUGACCAUCCAGGCAGCUUCUGUCCAGGAGCAGCUGCAGAGAAUCCAGCAGCUCAGAGAACAGCAACAGCAGAAGAAGAGACAAGCCGCAGAGGCCAAGAGAGAGCAAGCUCUCAACGCAGCCAGCCAGAGCGACAUCAUUCAGAAACAGGUGGUGAUGAAGCAAAACGCUGUGAUCGAGCACCUGAAGCAGAAGAAGACAAUGACGCCUGCAGAGAGAGAAGAGAAUCAGAGGAUGAUUGUAUGCAACCAGGUAAUGAAGUACAUCCUAGACCGGAUAGACAAGGAUGAGAGGCAGGCGGCCAAGAGGAGGAAGAAGGAGGAGGUGGUCGAGGCAAAAAGGAGGUUGGCCAACGCCAGCAAGCUCUCCUCGCUUCUUUACCGGCACAAAGAGAGCCUCAAGAUGGAGAUCCUGAAGAAGCGGGCGCUUCUCGACAAGGAGCUGCAGCUAGAGGCCCAGGAGGAACUAAAGAGGGACCUGUUGCGGAUGCGAAGGGAGAAAGAGAGAGCUCAGGCUGCAGCCCAACAGGCUGCCCAGGCUGCAGCCGCCGCCGCUGCUGCCCACAACCAGCAACAGCAUACUCUGGCACACACGCAUGGCGUCACCUCUCAGCACCACCUCACCAUGAACGUCACCUCCACACACAAAAGGAAACGGGAAGAGGAGAGGGAGAUGGCGACGUCAGCCAAGUCCAAGAAAAAGAAGAUGAUCUCGACAACAAGCACCAAGGAGAGCAAAAAGGAUACCAAGCUCUACUGCAUCUGCAAGACGCCCUACGACGAGACCAAGUUUUACAUUGGCUGCGACCUGUGCACCAACUGGUAUCACGGAGACUGUGUGGGCAUCACGGAGAAGGAGGCCAAGAAGAUGGACGACUACAUCUGUGUGGAGUGUAAACGAGGUCAGGAAGGCAGCACAGAGGAGCUGUACUGCAUCUGUCAGACGCCGUACGACGAGUCCCAGUUCUACAUCGGCUGUGACCGGUGUCAGAACUGGUACCACGGUCGCUGUGUGGGCAUUCUGCAGAGCGAGGCCAACCACAUCGACGAGUACGUGUGCCCACAGUGUCAGUCGACGGAGGACGCCAUGACGGUCUUCACGCCGCUUACUGACAAGGACUACGAGGGCCUGCGGAGAAUCCUGCGUUCGUUACAGGCACAUAAAAUGGCAUGGCCGUUCCUGGAGCCAGUGGACACAAACGACGCCCCAGAUUACUACAGGGUUAUUAAGGAACCAAUGGACCUUUCCACCAUGGAGGAGAGGAUACAGAAGCGCGAGUACAUCAAGCUGACAGAGUUCGUAGCGGACAUGACCAAAAUCUUCGACAACUGCCGCUACUACAACCCCAGUGACUCGCCCUUCUACCAGUGUGCCGAAGUUCUGGAGACCUUCUUUGUCCAGAAACUGAAAGGGUUCAAAGCCAGCAGAUUGUGAUGUCAAACUCCUGGGUGCCGGGGUCACUCUUAAAACAAACAAAAACAUAAUUUGCUAUCCUGGACGUUGCUGUUUUUACUUGUUUAAAACAGCGUUAAAAACUUUGUAAGAAAGUGCAUAUAUUAAGCCACACUGUAGGUGUGAUCCUUUUUUUUAUUUUAGAGGCAAAGGAAAGAAAAAAAAGUUUCUACUGUCAUAAUGGCAGCCAUGUUGGUAACACAAAGCAUCCAAGGGAAAAUGUAUUUUCUUACACUUGUUGCAACAGAUAACUGAUAUUUUGUUUAUGUUUGAGUUGGAUAUAAGACAAAAUAUGAGGUUUGUCGUUCUCUUUCUUGAGAUUUAGUUUUGAAUAAAACAAAAAGCUAUUGAUUUUGAUUGUAAAAUCUGACUUCAGCUCCUCACACACACACACACACACACACACACACACACACACACACACACAGAUAACUUAUCUUUUAAUUUGACAACUGUUUAUCAUACUGGUCAUAACAUGCUGCAGCAGAACAUUUUUACCUCAUUUGUUAGUGGAGAAUUUUUAAAAAGGCAUGCAACAUUUAUUAGUUUCUUUUUAUCCGCUGUACCCAUGUAUAAUGUUAUUUUAUGUGAAUAUUAUAUCUUCUUGUGAAGGACUAUUUUUAUGUUCUAAAGGAAAUAAUGGUAGGAUCUGUAAAGAUAGAUUGGAGAUAAAUGUAGCUUAGCUUUCCUGUUAUAAAUAUGGCAAGCUUGACAGUCUCCAGUUUAAAAUAAAAAGUCCUUGUACAUACACUGUUGGGCCGACAUCACAUCACACACUUUGAUAAUGUUUCACCAACAUGGCUGCUUGGUCUGCGUCAAAGUGUCUGACCCACUGGCAUCCAAUUCAUGUUUUUGUUCUGUUUUUGUUUUUUUUGUAUUUCCCCUAGUGCAUAUUUUUGUCAUAUUGUAAAGCU